GCAGCUCUAUACCCGGCACUGUGUGUAUCGUUCCGUGUAACAAGUGAUCUAAUGCUGAAUAACAAUGUCUCACCGAGUCAAGUAAAGCUAGCAUGCGGAUCCAGGCUGUAACUCUUCUGUCGGUACGGUGCGAUUAGCUUUAUAGCAAACCGUUGACAGAAUCUGUGGGUCAGCUAUAAACCUGGCUGGCUGGCUGGCAAUAAGUAUGAGACGCUGGGAUCUAAUGAAGUGUUGACUCCAGGACAGACUGUGAGUGUCCCAUACCCCAGCCUAAUAUGAGUGGAGCCACAUCAGAUAUGGGGGAUGAAACAAGGCAUCUCUUGGACCCGGAUUCGGAAAGAUGUCUGCAGCUAAGGAAGUUGGUGGAGUUUAAAGUUUACAAGAGAAGAUGGUUUUUCCUUGGGGUGGUGUGCCUUCUAAACUGCUCCAAUGCCAUGGUAGGUGACACCCUGGGGACCUAUUGUAAAUAUCUAAAUGUUGGGAGAAACAAAACCCUAUCAAAGCGUUGGAAUUUUGAAGGGUGGUAAGGCAUCUUGGGAGCUGUAGUUUUACAGUAUUUAAGAAUCUACUUUUAGGCUUUACCUAGAGCCUCAGCUGCUGCAGCGUAAUCUGUUUUUCCUCAAUUUGCUGAUCGAAGAGGUUUUGGACUGAAAGCUAUGUAAUCAGCUGCUGCAGAACCGCUUUGGAACGUCAAUCACUGCCACCCACUGAUUUGGAUCUUCACAGCCAACAUUCCAGAGCGGUUCUGCAGCAUUCUUUACAGCAGAGACUGUCCUUAAUGCCAGCCUGGGUUGGCGUGAGUGUUCAGCACCGGAUUAACAAUCCUACUUCAUUGCACUAUGGUUUUUUUUGUCAUCUGCUUUUUAGAUGAGAAUAUGGUUUUUUUUUACCAUCCCUCUUUUUUGGCAAACUGAUCUGGGAAUCAACAAAAAAACAACUUUAGGAGAAAUCAAUAUAUUGACGAUAUAUAUGUAUUUUUAAAUGUAGUAGUAUUGAGUCACAUUAUAAUUGUGAACCUACUCAUGUUAUAAUACAAUACUCUAUGCUGUUUAAUAUUGCUGGUAAGAUAGACAGGUGGUUAUGUAAAUAUAUGCUUAAAACAAAAGUAUCAUUUAAUUUCUAUCUCUGUAGCAACAAGGUUUCAUAGAUUUAAAGUCACCAAGUCUCAAUGAAGUGGUCUGGGUGCAGUGUCCAUGUCCUCUUGUCCCUGUAAUGUAAAAGAUUUUUUUAGAAACUACUUUUUUUUGUGAGUUUAGUUACAUUUGUUUUCAUAUUCAGUUAUGUUAGCUAAUGCAUUUGAUUUGAGAUCUGUAUUUAUAAGUAACUAUAUUUUUGGAUCAUGCUAAUUUUUUUUACACUCAAUAAAAAGAACAUGUAAAAUAUCUAAAUAUUUACAGAAGAACUGGCUAAUGCAAUCCAUAUUUCACUUUUGUGGAUCCCUUAUUGCAAACACUGGGGUGCAAGGCAAUGCUUUUGUAAUCAAGGGCAUUUUCACUCACUACUAAUCUCCAGAUUUCAUCAAUGUACCACCAGGAAAUAAUACCUCUCAAGGGACCCUAUUUAGAGAGGAUCAGUCCCUUUUGCCAUUCUUUUAUGUGCUGAUAUUCUUCUUUUGUAAGAGCUCCACAUUGUUGGUUUGAUUGAGUGUAUACAAUUGCUCCAAAUCAGGCUUCCCCAAACUCCGGCCUUCCAGAUGUUGCUGAACUACAACUCCCAUGAUUCUGUGAAUGAAAUAGGCUGAGAAUCAUAGGAGUUGGAGUUCAGCAACAUCUGGAGGGCUGACGUUUGGGGAAGCCUGCUCCAAAUCAAUAAUAUUCACAGUAAUGAAACUACAAUGUGUUCAUAAAUCUGAUACAUUGUAAAUCAGAUACAUUGUUCCUUUUCUAAUUACAGCUAGUUGCAUAAAUCGUUAUUAUAAGUCACCUACAAUUUCUCAGAAAAGCCCACCACUGGUCACAUCCUCUUUCACACUCCCACAAUCAAAAUGUCCCUCUUUGUCCACUGUAUUUAAUUUUCACAAAUGAAAGUAACAUUUCUGUUUUCAAACUGGUGGUUGAGACGUUUGGUAUUGGGGAAAAAGAAACUCACACUGUUAACAAUAUAAAAAUAGCACGUGGAGCCAAUACUGAUUAAGUCUGAGCAUUUGUCAGUAAAUGUGACACAUAUAACGGUAUAUAAAAAUUCUAAUAUUGUCAGUUUAAGAACUAGUAAUUGUGAGCGAUGUAAAAUGUUUUCAGACAAAAAGUCUGCAAUGUUGUAAUUAUUAAAAAAAAUUAUUAUAAAUGGUUUCACUACUUAAAACAGCAUAGGGGGACAGGGCUUAACCUCGGAACGGAGCGGACGCCAUUUCCCUUACCUUCGCUGGGGCUCAGCCUAAUCUGUUAAAUAUCUCGAGUUAAUUUACCCAUCUGACUGCCAAUACCAGAGUGAUUGCUCGGUGCAGUUCCAGGCACUGGUUCAUGCCUUUCUUCCACAAAUCUGGGCCGAAAAAAUGGAGGAAGGGGCCUGCGGCCUACCAUCUCCCCUCACUCGGACUGUCUGAGCUGCUGGGGCCUCUCACACCCUGGAACACACCGGAGUCGGAGCCCGCACACUGCUCCUCACCAGACCAGCACUCCAUGAUGGGGCGGCACUCACAGAAACCCCCACCAGGUAACCCGCAUGAUGCACAAGACAUAAAGGCCCUACUCCAGCGCCAGGUCCAACACAAAAUGGCUGCACAAGAGACCAGAGAGGCCGCAGUUGACACACAGAACCCUGAGCCAGUCGCAACUCAGACCACACUACAGAGCUCCGAGCAGCUAGCCCCAAACAUGCCAGACUGGUCAACACUGGCCAUUAAGUAGGACAUUAAAGUCUUCCUUGCUGAAUUCUGGCAGACCCUGAUGGCGGAUGUAGCGGUGAUCCAAGCCGAUAGGUUGACACUGACAGGGUCAGGGCCACUGAGGAGGACAUCCUUGAUGUGAAACAAGAAAUGCUGAACAUGAGAAAUUUCCUUAAAUCUGUGCAAAAGGCACAACAAGCAUAAUCUGCACACUUUGCCACCCUGGAUGAUCUCUCCCGAUGAAACAACCUGAAAAUACCCGGUGUACCUGAGACCAUAACAACGGAAGAACUUCCACAUUACCUGAGGUGCAUUGUAGCCUCACUUUUACCACUGACACAGGUCAAAAAAAUUAUGUUCACCUACCUAAAUCCCCAAGAGCCCCUGUGACAGGUUUGAGUGAUAUCCUAGUUCGCUGCUCCCUCGCGCAGGACAAAAAGGCUCUCCUAACGGCUCUGUGGAACAAGACGCCCUACCUGUUUGAGGACACUGACAUUCUACCAAGAUCUCUCAAGGUCCACCCUGCAAUGGAGAGCAGCCGAUCACUUAUCGCUAGGCAAUGCAAGAUCUCUGGUGGUGUACCAGAAUGGAACUGCCCAGAGUCUCUCCUCUAUUGAGGAAGCACAAGCCUUGUUUAAGGCACUGGUACUACCUGCAUCAGACAAGGUAGCAGGAGGCCAAAACGGCACUCACAGCUGGGACCCAACCACCAUGGUCCCCAACCACCAUGGUCCCCUCUUUCCCACGUUCACAACGAUGCGAAUGGGGACUUGUCUAGGAAGCAAGCGGAUACUACUUCGAGUGGCUGUGGGCUGCAUAAAAAGUUUAUUGUUUAAAUGUUGUUUUUAUUGCUUUAUUUUUUGUUGGUUUGAGUUGAGAUGAAAGCCUUAAAGGCCUAGUGGAUGACUGCGCUGCUCCAUAAGAUAGGAGCUUGGCAACAAAUCCCCCCCCCGUGCAGCCCCCUUGUAUUGGGGCACCAGCGCAUUUCUGUUUAGCCGCAACUUGACUAAGGUCCUGGCAAGUUAACCAUGCCAAGUUGGAUGCAGCUAUUACCUAGGAACCUCUCAGCUACUGCCUAGAAGUGAUAUCUAAUAAAUCUUAAUAUUCCACCCUACAUAUAACUGGGCUCUUCCCUACCGCCACGCAGAAAUCCUAAACCAUAAUCUAAAGGCUGUAAUAAUUCUAUAGACUGUAAGCUUGUUUGAGCAGGGCCCUCUUCAACCUAUUGUUUCUGUAAGUUUACUUGUAAUUGUCCUAUUUAUAGUUAAAUUCCCCCCUCUAAUAAUAUUGUAAAGCGCUACGGAAGGGCGCACUCCCUCCCUCAGUAAUGCAACCCAGGUGAUAACGCUGAUACCUAGCCUUUGGCGAGCUCAAGCCUGCCAGGUCAAAUACCCAUGUGACCAACUCAUCUUAAAUAAUAUGUAACACUAAUAUACUAUGUGAUAGGACGUGACUGUAUUGCUUGUUUUCCAAAAAAAAAAAGUUAAAAGAAGCUAUUAAUUUCAAGAGUGCAAGAUGUAAUACUGCAAAUGUAAUGUGUGCCUAUCUACUGUUGCACCCUCCCUUUAUUUUUUGUACCCAUUGUCUGAAUAAAAGAAAGAACAGCUUAAACCUAGCUUGAAAAUAAAUAUAUGAUAAACAGUACUUUGAAGGAGUGUUUAUAUUCCUUUUAGGUUAAUGCCUCACCCACCCACUGCCUUUAAAUUCCAGUGGAAAUACAGCCCCUCACCACAGCUUUGCUCCAGUACUUUGAUAUGGCUCAUACCAAUCCAUAGGGCAGGGGUAGGCAACCGUUGGCACUUCAGAUGAUAUGGACUACAUCUCCCAUAAUCCCCUUACAACCAUAAUGCUGUAAAAGCAUCAAGGGAGAUAUAGUUCUCAGCAUCUGGAGUGAUAUAUGUUACCUACCUAGUUUGGCCCAUACCAAACUGCUCAAGUGCCUCUCUCAGCCAAUUACAUCCCUUAAUGUCCAGUUGGGUUGACAAAGGAAGUCUAGCACAAGCAGAAGCCGCAGGGAAGGACCAUCAACGACUGAGUUCCCUGGUUCUUUGUUAAACUAUAUGUCUGUUAUACCUUCACUAAUUCUGUAAAACUAUAUAUUUUUUUAACCAGUGUUCUAGAAGUCAUGACCAAUGAUAAAUGCUUUUAUAUUAUACUGAUACUUUAUGUACCGUUACAUUUGAGACUCUGGACUAACAUUAUUCCAAGACAUGGCAAUAUAAUUAAUAAUGAAUUACAUUCUUGCGGUUGUUUCACAUUGUAGUUAUGGAUCAGCUUUGCACCGGUGGCCAAUUUUACAGCAAGCUUCUUCAAAACCACCCUGGACACCAUUAACUGGCUUGCUGUUGUAUAUGUUAUUAUAGCAAUACCAUUUGGCUUUGGAGCAUCAUGGCUUCUGGACACAUUGGGGUUAAAAUCUGCUGUAAGUAUGCAUUUUUGUAUCCUUUAUUAUGCUUCUGUUUAACCUUGAUUUGCAUCUGUUUCUCCUGUGCAGACUAAAUACCUACUUGACAUGAUCAUAACAGGGCUCAAUAUUUCCACUCGCCCACUAGCCAUUGGCAAGUAGAAAUUCACCUCUGGUGAGUGUGCUAUGCAUUCUCCAGACUUGUAGUGGUGAAUAUUUUUUAGACCUGAUUAGUAGCAUAGGACUUGAUUGCAAUAGAUGUAGGCUCUGAUUGCAUACAUAACAUGUUUAAACCUUAUCAGGUAAUAACCUCUAAGAAGUGUUUUAUAACUUCUGUUGACAUUCUACUGACCUUUGAACCCAUGUAGGGUUCUUUUCUCAAUUGUUUGCAGUUACAUGAUUAUGGUUAUCCCCAUUUUGCUUACCAUUUAACCCUUUAUAAUUUUUGUGCCUAAUUACCCUCUUUUUGUAUUUAUUCAAGUAGGUAUUCACUCAACACAGAAUUGUAGUUGAUUGAAAUCCAAUUUGCAACAUAAAAGCCUAACCAAGCGAACUGCCUAAAGUUUGCAAUUUGGUUUUCAAUACACUGCAAAUUGGUACUUCUUUAAUAAGCCUCCUAAUAAACGUACACAAUUAUAGAGAAGAUAUCUUUUGGUAGUUAUAGCAAAAUUAUGAGAAAAGACAAUAGUUUUCUUCUCCAUUUAUAAAUCAGAAUUUAAAGUGCAUGCCUAGUGUGUGGCAUAUGCAUAUUUUGAUCAGUGUAUUAUCUGGUACGUGCUGGCAAAAAUCACAUCAUAUUCACCCAGUUCACCCAUGACUGACUCCCAUUGAAAUCUACAGGAAAAUCAUUGCAUGUGCUGGUGUGCAGGUUUCUCCCACUGCAUGUUGUUCAGUUCCUCUGCAAAAAUGUAAAAUAUUGUUAUUCAAGUUGUUGUGUUAUUUCAAUUUUCAGUAUCAUUGGUAUUAUUUUGUGUGCAAAUUUUAAUAAAAUAAAUAUUCAUAAAACAGUUAUGAAUGGAGGAUUUGUAUUAUAAUAUCCUUUACCUAACAAUCUAGCAGUAAAUGUUUCUAUGUAUGUUUGUUUACAUCCAUAUCCUGAUUUACUUAAGGUUUAUACUUCUGUGUUGCAACAAACAAACACGAGGGCCAUAAGUUUCUAGAUCAGCAGUUUUCAAAUUGAGGCAAUAGACCUUUAUGUUCAUUUCUCAUGUGUGCUGUCUCCUUAACUGACACAUUUCACAAGGGUACUUAUAUAUUAAGUACCCUGAAAGCAAUCUUUGGAGUUCCAGACAUGUCUCUAGUGCUGUUAAUUAGAUAAGACUUUGUAAGUGAAGCAUGUUGAGAGCUACUGUAACCUGUUAAAGCAACACUUCAGCAACCAUAUCUUGCCAUAACUCCUGGGUUUAGCUUACAUAGGGAUCUUCUGGUUUUUCAUAGAAAAUAUAAUGCAUGGAGUGUUCCUUUAAACAUACUCCAUUCUGCAUAUAUAUUAAUUCUCCUGGUAAAAGUAGUCAACUUCAAACUUUAUUUAAUGCUAAAAGAUUGUAAAAAUAACUGAUCUAAAGUUCUCGGUCAACGGUUUAUUUAUACUAUUGACCUAAUCUGAUACAAAAAGAAAUAGCAAUAUUUUAUGUCACUGGUACACAAAGUAUGUUAUUGUUCAUUUACUAUUUUACAUUUUUCUGAACUUUCAUUUUUUUCUUUCUUUGCAGGUUAUCCUGAGCUCUUGGCUCAAUAUGGUUGGAAGUUUCAUACGAUCUGCCAGUGUUAUCUACUUCCUCAAUACGCGCUCUAGUAAUCUCAUUUACUUAUUCAUAGGACAGUGUCUGUGUGCUGUAGCUCAGCCACUAGUUAUAUGUGUUCCAGCUAAGCUAGCAGCUGUAUGGUUCCCCGAGCAUCAAAGAGCAACAGCCAAUAUGCUUGCUGCAAUGUGUGAGUAUUCUAGAAUUUUAGCAACAUUUAUUAAGAAUGUGCUUGAAUCCGUACUGCUGAAGUAGUACAAUAUGUAUGAGUAGGACUCACUGCAUAUAACCUAGUAACUGUGAAUAAAACGGUUAUGAACAGAAUACAUUGUGAUUUUAAAAAUCUUUGUCUGGGCUGAACUGGUACUGUAGAAAACAAUAAAACUUGUGACACAAUUUGGCAUUCACUUAUGGGGACUGGCGAAUCCCAGCAAAAGAUUUUAACAGCUUAAUUGUGGUCUUUCUUUCCUGUGAUUACCACAAUUGCAUGCUAACAAGGGGUUAAAAACAACCGUCAGAUUUUAAGUUUAACACUCAUAAAAAAAACUAUGUGAGGGUGAAAUCCAUAUUCCCGUAGCCUAGCCCCUUUUUUAACUACAGGGGGCGCUAGGUGGCUAGCACCCACUUCUUCUAACCCUUGUUCUGUGCCAUUCAGGGUAAUUACCUAUUAGAAGCCCAAUAAAUUACUCAUCCCCUGGGGAGUAAUGCAUAAAUAGUAGGCUAUAGGGUUCCCAAGUUCCCUAGCCACAUAAUUACAUAAUAAUAGAAUGGGUGGAGGAGCAGUGUAUUAGAAUGAGGGGAGGGGGCAGUGUAUUUGAUUGGUGGGCAGUAUAAUAGAAUGGGGGGAGGAGCAGUGUAUUAGAGUGGGUCUGAAUGGAGGCGCUGAAAGCUCCCCAUGGAGCAAAGCUUUUUACCACACAUGCACAUGCCUCCCAAUGCUUUCAUAUGGGAAUUGGAUUUGCAUUGGAUUAGCUGACAUCAUAAAUUUUGAUGAUUUCAGCCAGAGUGAAAAACACACUCAUAGGACUUCAAAAUCAACAGGGUUACGAUGUUUGUUUGUUUUUUACAGCUGUGCAACAGCAUACAUUCACCAUUUCAAUCCCAUUACCAAACUUUUCUUAAUAUGUCAAGGUAGUUGGACUGAAACAUUCAUUAUACAGUAUGCACAUGCACCUCUUCGUAAAAUAAAUUUGCUCUUUCGUUUACUUUGAAGCCCUUCGAGUUUAAGGACAUCCAGUGUCAGGCAAAUUUUUUUAUACUGUACUUUUCUAUGAAAACUAAAGUUUUUGGUUUUUUUGCGGCCCACAUAAACGUAAACCUUGUUUAUUUGGCCCGUGUUAGCCUUUGAGUUUGACAUGCUUGCUCUAAUAUGUUAUUGGGGUCUGAGGAAGGUCUAGCUUAAUUUCUAUAUUUUUAAAAGUAAUGCUGUAAUGUUUCUUUUGUUAUUUUAUUAGUCCAAUUUAUUUAUUCUUAAAAACAAUUCAUUAAUACUCUUUACAUCCCCACUUCCUUUAUCGCCCUCUCUCCCUUCCCAUCAGUUUUAUUCCCUUUGUUGGUGUGAAAGGUCAUGUGUACAUUACAUUACAUUGUGUGUAGUUGUAAGAGGCUGUAGGAACAUUCUUACAAAUCUCUAUGAUAGAGUUAAUACAGCCACAGCAUGAAUACACUGUGUAAUCAAUAUCAGCUUUAAAAAAAAAAAGACCAUGGAUAAAGCUGUACACAUGCUAAUAGAAAACACCCUGUAUUUCUUUAUUAAACAGUCAAAAUAAAUACAUUAUAAGAUCUGUUUGUUUCUCUCUCUAGCAAAUCCUAUUGGCAUACUUCUAGCUAACUUAAUAUCACCGGCUGUUGUAACUGAGGAAACGUACAUUCCAGUUUUGGUAAGUAAAAUAUUAUGGACUGAUAUUUGUGUUACUCAAAAAGAAAAGCGAACACCAAUUCCCUGGAUCUCUUAGUUGUAUCAUGUUUUUAAAAGUCACAUAUCAAAGUUCUAAUCACCAUACCUUUUUAAUAUAGAAUUACUUAAGAAACGUCCUUGUUUUGAUUUUAACUUGAUUUACUGUGUACUCAUUGUAAAUCACUCCUCUUUAUAUGGUUACUAUUAUGGGUGCAGUAGGUAUUCUAACUGGUGUAAUUUCCUCCGGCUAUUUUUGUUUUCAAUGCCCUCUAGAUUGUAAGCCCACAAAAUGUCUUGCAGAGCAAUUUGCAGGAAGUGCUGCAGGCAUUAGUGCAAUGUAAAACAUUGCUUUUUUGUAGACACUGCAAUGUCUUAGAAACAUAGAAUGUGAUGGCAGAUAAGAACCAUUCAGCCCAUCUAGUCUGCCCAAUUUUCUAAAUACUUUCCUUAGUCCCUGGCCUUAUCUUAUAGUUAGGAUAGCCUUAUGCUUAUCCCAUACAUGCUUAAACUCCUUCACUGUGUUAAGCUCUACCAUUUCAGGUGGAAGGCUAUUCCAUGCAUCCACUACCCUCUCAGUAAAGUAAUACUUCCUGAUAGGGAUGACCCGAUUAUCAGUUUUACGGAUAUUCAGUAUUUUCGGCCAAUAGAGAUACCGAUAUUGCCGAUAAUACAUACCAGGACCGCCGGGCCCAUUACAAGCCGUUGGCACACUACACACACACACACACUGCAUUCACUUUACACACACCACACACUACAUUCACUAUACACACACUACACAAACACUCACACUCUGCAUUCACUAUAUAUAUAUAUACACACUACACAAACACUCACUGCAUUCACUAUACACACUACACAAACACACCCUGCAUUCAGGGGUCAAGUCCUGGGGAAAAAGGUGUAGGAACUCACCCAAGAUUCCAGCCUCGCCUCCCCCCCCCCUUAAAAAAAAAAAAAAUUACACUCCUAUGCAUAUAGUGCAGUGCAGGGUGUGUAUAUUGAAUGUAGUGUGUUUGUAGUGAAUGCAGAGAAUGAAUAAUAAAUGUAGUGUGUUUGUAGUAAAUGCAGUGUGAAUAAUAAUUGUAGUGUAUUUGUAGUGAGUGCAGAGUGUGUAUAAUGAUUGUAGUGUAUUUGUAGUGAGUGCAGUGUGUAUAAUAAAUGUAGUGUGUUUGUAGUGAGUGCAGUGUGUAUAGUGAAUGUGGUGUUUUUGUAGUGAGUGCAGAGUGUGUAUAAUGAAUGCAGAGUGUGUAUAGUGAAUGUAGUGUGUUUGUAGUGAGUGCAGAGUGUGUAUAAUGAAUGUAGUGUGUUUGUAGUAAGUGCAAAUUGUGUAUAAUAAAUUUAGUGUGUUUGUAGUGAGUGCUGAGUGUGUACAAUGAAUGCAGUGUAUGUAGUGUGUUUGUAGUGAAUGCAGAGUGUGCAUAGUGAAUGUAGUGUGUAGUGAGUGCAGAAUGUGUAUAAUGAAUGCAGAGUGUGUAUAGUGAAUUCAGAGGGUGUAUAGUGUAUGUAGUGUGUUUGUAGUGAGUGAAGAGUGUGUAUAAUGAAUGCAGCGUGUGCUGGAUGAUGUGUGUGUGCGCGCUGGAUGAUGUGUGUGUGCGCGCUGGAUGAUGUGUGUGUGAGUGCUGGAUGAUGUGUGUGUGAGUGCUGAAUGAUGUGUGUGUGUGUGCUGAAUGAUGUGUGUGUGUGUGUGCUGGAUGAUGGGUGUGUGAGUGCUGGAUGAUGUGUGUGUGGGUGCUGAAUGAUGGGUGUGUGAGUGCUGGAUGAUGGGUGUGUGAGUGCUGGAUGAUGGGUGUGUGAGUGCUGGAUGAUGGGUGUGUGAGUGCUGGAUGAUGUGUGUGUGGGUGCUGGAUGAUGGGUGUGUGGGUGCUGGAUGAUGGGUGUGUGAGUGCUGGAUGAUGGGUGUGUGUGAGUGCUGGAUGAUGGGUGUGUGAGUGAGUGCUGGAUGAUGGGUGUGUGCUGGAUGGGUGUGUGAGUGAGUGCUGGAUGAUGGGUGUGUGUGCUGGAUGAUGGGUGUGUGGGUGCUGGAUGAUGUGUGUGUGAGUGCUGGAUGAGGGUGUGUGUGUGAGUGCUGGAUGAGUGUGUGGAGUGUGAUGUGUGGGUGCUGUGUGUGAGUGUUGGAUGAUGUGUGUGUGAGUGCUGGAUGAUGUGUGUGUGUGUGAGUGCUGGAUGAUGUGUGUAUGAGUGCUGGAUGAUGUGUGGAUGGGUGUGUGUGUGUGUGUGAGUGCUGGAUGAUGUGUGUGUGUGUGUGAGUGCUGGAUGAUGUGUGUGUGUGUGUGUGUGUGUGCUGGAUGAUGGGUGUGUGAGUGCUGAGAUGAUGUGUGUGUGUGUGAGUGCUGGAUGAGUGUGUGUGUGUGAGGUGCUGGAUGAUGUGUGUGUGUGUGUGUGGGAUGAUGGGUGUGUGAGUGCUGGAUGGUGUGUGUGUGUGAGUGCUGGAUGAUGGGUGUGUGAGUGAGUGCUGGAUGAUGGGUGUGUGAGUGAGUGCUGGAUGAUGUGUGUGUGAGUGCUGGAUGAUGGGUGUGUGAUGCUGGAUGAGGGGAAGCAUUUUUUUCUUACUUUAUGUUAUUUUAUUCCCCCCUCCCUGCUUCUUACCUUGUCAGGGAGGGGGGAGAUCGCCUGGUGGUCCGGUGGAGGGAGCCAGCCGCUGCACACAGGAGCCAUCACACGCUGUGUUCCUUCUCCAGCUCUAACUCUCGCGAGACUCGCCUGUGCGGAGCGUUGCCAUGGUAACAGCCGCGGGUCUCGCGAGAGUUAGAGCUGGAGGGGGAACACAGCGUGUGAUGGCCCCUCUGUGCAGGUAGCAGGGCAGGUCCUGCAGGACAGGUAACGGGAACGACGUUCCUGCUUUGGAAAAAGUGCAGGAACGCCGUUCCCAUGCGUUCCUGCAGGACUCGAGCCCUGCCUGCAUUCAUUAUAUACACACUACACAAAUGCACACUGCAUCCACUACACAAACACACACAGCUCCCCUGUCUAAACACACUGCAUCCACUACACGUAGCAUGUAUAUUUUGUGCAUUUACCUUUAGAAAUAGUUUAUUUUUUCAAAAUGGUAAAUGUACAGAAUAUCGGCAAGUUAUCGGCUAUCGGCCUGAAAGUUCACAGAUUAUCGGCUCUAAAAAAAAUCAAUAUCGGUCGAUCCCUACUUCCUGAUAUUAUUUUUAAACCUUUGUGUACAAAAAAAGGAAGAUACAAGUGGGGCCCUUCAAGGAUAAUAUACAGUAUAAAGAAGGGUGAAAAAGGUGUUUCCCCCCACACCUUAAUACAAAUACAGAACAAAACAACACCUACAACAAAGUGUAAACAAUCACACCAAGUAGAGGUGAACCCUUCAGACUUGAUAUAGUAAUAUAAUACAAGUAUACUUAUGUAUAUAAAUAGGAAAAUCUUCACAAUGUCUGCAAAUAAUAAUAAUACAGAACAUAGUGUAUACUGUUUAUAUAAACAACUAAAAGGGAAUAAGUGGAACAACUCACAGAUUGCAGAGCCGUGCCAGGCACUAUAGCUCCCUCUGCCUCCCCUCUCCCUCUAGUAGCCCCGCCCAGGUGAAUAAAGUGUAAAAAAAACCUUUAUUUACUUAUCUUAUCCCAGUGCCAUCCCUCAGUGAUGGGUCAAGGCUGCUCCUUAUCCGAUGUCCAGCGACGUGCGGGUGCUAAUGCGUAUGCAUGGCAAAUGCUGCACGCGCAUUAAACCUCCCAUAGGUGCCUCCCAAUGCUUUCCUGUGGGGAAAAAUCUGACACUGGAUGUUCUCAUGCAGAGUGUAAGGACGUCCAGCACCAGUUACCGGACCAAAGAUCUGUUUGGAUCUCGGAAACGCCUCCACUGAAGUCAGACUUAGUGCUGCAAUGUAAACAUUGCAGUUUCUUUGGAACUGCAAUGUUUUACAUUGCAGCACUAAGUGCAAUAAGAACACUGUACCCAGACCACUUUAAUGAGCUGAAGUGGUCUGAUGCCUAUAGUGUCCCUUUAAAUCUUUUCUUAACAAAUCUUUUUUUGGAAUAUAGGUUCUCUUUAAAACAAGCACUCUAAACACCAUAACGUCUGCAAUCUACUGUAAUCCUUAGGAUAUCCAACAGGUUCAUUGCACAUUUCCCCAGUUCUACGUCACAUUGUGUUUGAGUGGUUCAAACUGUAUUUGAAACAAACCGAGGUAUCCCUUGUUCAGCAUAUUGCAGUCUUUGAACUACCACAUUAGCAAUAUUAAUUCCAUCCAUAUUUAAAUUACAUUCAUUUGCUGAGUGUGUUGGUUGACAUGCUCAGCCAAAUAAUGUCAUUGGAGUUUGGCAAAAUUUAUAUUUCUAAUGCAGAAGUGUAACUUUCUAAACUGCAUAUACUAGGUAAGGGUUUAGCAAUUGUGCAUAGGUCUGUGUAAAACUGCUAGAAAACAGUGUUGUAAAUUACCAAAGCAAUGCAUAUGGCACCAUAACCAUUACAACGGACUGUCAAAUAGAUAAAUAUAGAAAAAUAGUGACACAUAAAAUUACUCACAUUUGAAGAAGCAUUUCUGACUGUGAUUACCUUUCUCAAAUGAUGUUUGUUACUUCUGAAGUUCUGUAUAAAAUAGUAAAAAAAAAAUAGGAGUCAGAAGUAAUAUUUUCAAGAUCUCACCAACUUGAAGAAUCAUGCUGAAUUAUUAAAACUGUCUAAUUAAUAUGAAUUCAGCAACUUGUGGAUGUCUGCAAUCCAAUAAUAUGACUCUAAACAAAAACAAAGCAUUGUCAUAGUUUAUAGGGGAUGCAGUUCUUGAAUAUCUUCAGGGUUAAGUAGGGGUAACCAGUAAAUGUACAGCAUGUACACAAAGUCUAGGGUGCAAAUGAUAUUAAGGCCCACCCCAUCUAAAUCAAUAAUCAUAUAGUUAAAGAAAUACCCGCACUCCCGUAAUCAGUAAAAAUCUAAUUUUCUUUCAAUAUAUAAUUAAUAGAAACAUGCAAGUAUAUCUAUACACACCUAUCAAAUCAACAUUCGAUCCUCAAUCAAUAAACACAAUAUAAAUGUGUCUUACAAAUGUAUGUAAUACAAAGUGAUUUAAAUAAAUAAUAAUCAAAUGCAUAUAAAUAAAGACCAAAAAAAAAUUAUUUUCUGCACUAAAUAUUUACCUAACAAGUGGACAGAGCAAAACACCCAACAUUUCGGCUAGUUAUUCACUAGUUAAUUCAAAGUAAACUUUAGAUUCUAGGCCAACAUUAAACACAUAGCAAAAAAUGUCCUAAUCAGCUUUUUUGGGGUUACAUUUUGAAAUUAAUUUUGAAUUCACAACAAUUCACACAUUAGUGAGUAACACUAGUCCUUUAGUUGUUCUAGUAAAAUGUAUUGAGGAAGAUUUGAAAAAUGAGAAUUUAUCUAAACAUUUUUAUUGGAAAUUUUGCCAGGAGUGUCAACAGCAGUAUGGAUGUUGGGAUUACAUUAACAUAUACCCUAGAUGACCGAUUCCAUUUAAAGAUAAACAAAACGAAAGAAUACGGCAAAGCAUCAUACAUUAUAUAUCUUAAAGAGGGGACUGAAAAACGAGAAUUUAAUUCCAACACUUUACCAGAUCUAAAACAAAGAAUGUUGCAAACUAGUACUGUAUGAAUAAGACAAUUAUGCUUAAACUACAGUCAUAUUUUAUAAAAGUGCAUAUUUUAAGAGAAAUAGGCACUUUUAAAAAUGUCAUUAGUGACACUUCAUGGCUGCCAAGCAGACAACUAAAUGGGUGCCGUGCCUAUAGGUCAAACCUGGGGUGAGUGAUCCCUUUAGAGAAGCAAUGGUUUAAAUGAUGACUUCACAUGGGGGGAGACUAGCUGCACCUUAGAUACUCUUCUGGAGCUGGAAUAAAGGUGAGUUUAAUUCAUUUGUAAUUAAUUUGGGAAACGGCAGUAAUGUAAACAGCUUAAGAUACACUCAUUUAAUUAUAUAUAUACAUAUAUACACAUAUAGUGUUUUAAUUAUACCUUUAACAUUGUACUUGUGAUCAUACUGGAGGAAAUCACUAGUUUCUUUUUUUUAAAUUACAUUGAACAUUAUAUAUUGAUUUACUGGUUGUUGUAAUUUGUUCUUUUUAAAGUUUGGAAUAUAUGGCAUCCCUGCAGUAUUAGCGUGUGUCAUGGCAACUGCUGGAAUUUCCGAGAAAGAGCCUCCAACCCCACCCUCUGCGAGUGCAGUCAAUUUGGUGCCUGAGCCUUUUUUUUCUGGUUUAAAACAGGUGAGCUUCAUGGAAAAAGAAGGAAUCUUCAAGAACUCAUAAUUGAGAAAUUUAUUUUAACAUCCACUAGAGUCACCAAAACAAAUUUAGGUUAAUGAAGCAAUUUUGGUGUAUAGAUCAUGGCAUGCAGUGUCACUGCUCAAUUAUCUGCCAUUUAGAAGUUAAAUCCCUUUGUUUAUGCAACUCUUGUCACACCUUAUACUUCCUUUAUUGUGCAGUCUGUUUAAUUAAGAAUGUAUUUUCUCCUCCACGGUUAAAUACUUGCUAAAAUAGGAGUCUCCUGUGUGUGAUCAAAGUUCAAUUUACAGAGCAGGAGAUAAAAACUUAUAACAUAAGUUAAUAUCUGAAUGUAAAUGAAACCAUCUUUUGCAGGCUGUUUGAGUCAUGCCAGGGAAAAUGUGGCUAGGGUUGCAUGGACAGAAACAUGUAAUUUAACUCCUAAAUGGAAGAGAAUUAAGCAGUGAGACUGCAGAGGCACGAUCUCUACCCCAAAUCUGCUUCGUUAAGCUAAAUUUGUUUCGGUGAUUACAGUGUCCCUUUAGUUCAGUAUGUUAAAUGUCCUGUUAAUCUGGUUCUAAUUAGCCACUUUUUAAAAUAAUUUUUUUAAUAUUUAUCAAUACCCCUGUUGAACAGAAUUGGAAAAUCAGUCAAAUCUAGAGUUUUGUCUUAAGGACUGAAUUGGAAAUCACUAAUCUCAAUCAAUACUACUAAUAGAUCACACUCUUAGACUUAACAUUAACACCCUGUCAAUGACCCUUGGUAUUAAAUAGUUUUGUAUUGUUAGAAAAUUUUGAAGGAAUUUAAAGUCAAAAUUUCUGUCAAAAGCUGACGUAGAAAAAGUAUCAAAGGCAAUUUCUCUUUAGUUUGGUCAUUUUGGCAUUUAAUUUAAAUUCACUUUGAAUUCCAGGCAAUUCUCACUUUACUGGAUAACCCUAUAAAAAUGUCAGCCUCUCGUUGACCCAGUUUAUAUGAAAGUAAGGAUUUCUCACAUUUUAGGAUGCAAGACUGUAUCCCAAAAUACAAUUAUUUACUCUAGAACUAUAUUUCCAAAACUGCAUUCAAUUACAAAAAUAUAACUGCAAAGUUUAGGAAAACCCAGGGAUUAGUCAUAAUGCCUAAAACUAAACACCAUGCAGGGGCAUAUGCAUACCACGCGGUUUUGUGUUUUGUCAGGACCCAAGGCUUGAAAAGAAUGUCUAGAGAUAGCGCUGACAACCAGUAUGAUGUUCCUAGGAACAGAUUAUUUACUAAUGUGCACUGUUUAAACCAAUUUACUCACAAAAUGUCUGAAUAUUCUUUUUUACAGCUAAUGACAAAUAAGGCUUACAUCAUCCUUAUGUUGAGCUUUGGAUCAGGUGUUGGUCUUUUCACAGCAUUUUCUUCAUUUCUGGAGCAGAUUUUGUGUUACAAGGGAUAUUCAAAUGUAAGUCUAUUCAAUAUUCUCUCUUUCAACUUGUAGUUUCUCUAGACAUUUAUAGUAGUGGCCAUGAUGCCAGUUGUAUCUUGGUACCAUUCCCCGCUAAUGGAGCAAACCAUUUUGCAACAGUUUGCCCUCUUAUCUUGGUCCCCAUUGGGUGCUGAGCCUCCUCUGACCUGGAUGACACGCAUCCGGCUGCUGCAGAGUCCAGAUUCUGAUUCCCCCAUCAUUCAUUGGCUGCAUGACCGUCUGUGCAAAAGAAUCACUAGGAAUUUAAUCAUGAGCUCUUGUCCAGGCUGGCGAAUGAUAUACUAAUGACACUGCUGUAGGUGGAGUUACACCUCUGACAGCAAUAUUAAUUAUCACACUGAAACACUUCACACACAGACGCUUGGAGUAAACCUUUAACUUAAUGUUUUAGUAUGUUUCAUUAGACAUCGGGUUAUAAGCAUGUUCUUAAUUCCUUAAUUGUAAUAUAGUCAUUUUCCAUUCAGAUGUCAAAAAAUAUUUAAGUGCAGAGAUCUGAGUAGACUAAAGAAAGGGAAAUAGCCUGGGAGGGUCAGAUUGCUUACUGGGUAAAAGGACUGUACACUUUUUAAGACCACAUCUUAUGCCUCAACAAUGUUAAACAAUGGUGCCCUGGCACAUAAUUAAGUGUUCUUGCAUAGCAAGACCACUUAAUGUUAUCUCACAUAUAUAUUAUUAAGUGUUCUUGCAUAGCAAAACCACUUAAUGUUAUCUCACAUAUAUAUUAUUCUUAUUCUUAUUAUAGCCAAAUUUACCACCUAACUCCUCCCACAGUUUUUACACUACAUAGACAGUAAUAUACCGAAAUGUGCGGAUUGUUCCCUAUUGGAUUGCUAUUACUUUGUGGAAUGUUUCGCCGAAUGGUUCAGGGAAUAUCAUCGUUCUUGUGGCGAAAUUGGUCCCAUAGGAAUGAAUGGCAAAAUGUUCAAAACUAGAGUGGGAGCUGGCAAAAGCUGAAAAAUCAGGACAUGAUUUCUAAACUGCCACCACUCCCUCAUUUUCAAGCCCACCUACACAAAUCUUAUAUCAAAACGUAUCCCUGCUGCCACUAAAAAUACACGGCUAAGCCAUAGUCCUGAUAGUUUUCACGAUAUGACUAUUUGUUUGCAACUCACACCAUCCAUUGACAUUCAUUGAAACUCCACUCCAUCCAGCUUAAAUUUGAAGGGCAAUUUCUAAACUGUGACUGUGCCUUCAUUGUUAAUAUUUCAGAGACAUACUAUGCAUCAAAAUGUAGGUCGGAGUCUUGUGAUUCUCACAAUAUAAAGCUCUUCGCUGUAGGAUGUAUAGUUUUUAAAAUACGACCGUUUGAAGAUGGUAACCGCCAAAAUACUCUGACCUGUGUCAGGCUGCAGCAGCAAGUGAUGUCAUAGACAGGGCCUUUUGAACACCUGCUAAUGUUUUUAUAAAUGUAUGGUUUAAUGUAACUGUGAAGCACUUUGGGCAACAACGUUGCAAUUAAAUGUGCUAUAUAAAUAAAUAAUAACAGUUACUCCGCACACUCCAGUUGUAGACUACUGGUGGAGGCAAGAACACGUCACACACUUUCCCCAGAAAUUGUAACUUUUCUAGUAUUAAGUCUACUGUUGAAAUAUAAAUAUUGCUAAUUUUUUCAUAUGCCAGUUAGUUCUUUUUAAUUUUUUUUUAAUAUUUUUAGUCUUUAAGAUUUGUAAUCUUUAAGUGACAAAGUAAAAAAAUUAGUUCUUAAAAGUAGAACUAUUUGUUAGAUAAAAAAAAGAUUAACAAUACAUCUGACUUGUCUAUAGUGACUAUUUCUGUAUGUCUAAGACAUUUUGGGGAAAAAAACAUUCAACAUACUGAAUAUGGGACUGACUACCAAUUAAUGUUCUUGUUUUGCAUUUCUUAGUUUUUUGCAGGUUUGUGUGGGGCCCUCUUUAUCUUCUUUGGUUUUGUUGGGGCUUUGCUAUGUGGAUUAUAUGUUGACAGAACAAAGAAGUUUACAGAAGUUGUCAAGAUAUGUUUCUGCCUUAGUUCACUAGCAAGUAUUGCUUUUGCAGUGGUGAGUAAAUGACCUUGUAUUGAUUUUUUUAUAGUAAUAAUUUAAAUAAAAGUACAUUUUCUUUUAGUAAUUUGUCCUGUGGGGAUGAUCAUUUUAUGUUUAUGGUGACACUUCAGGAACCUACACACGUUUUAUGCCUUGUAUGUAUGCCUUUUACCCAACAUGUAUUCAUUACCCUUGAGAGUGUAAUCGUGUUUGAGCAGGGCCCUCAUCAACCUAUUCUUCCUGUUAAAAUGUCUUGUUUGUUGUGAAUUCCCCCUGUUAUAAUGUUGUAAAGCUACAAGGAAGAGGAUGGCACUAUAUAAAUUCCAGUAAUAAUAGUAAUAAUUAACACUUUUUAUACAUAUCAUCCGGUGUUUGGCGUCCAAUAAUGUACACAUUGUAAGAUUUUUAGCACCAAUAAAAAUCAAAAGCUGCAUCCGGCAGUCUAUAUAUAGUUUUAAUUAUAUGGACAGUGGUGUAAAUUAGGACCAAAUGAGGUCCUAUUUAAAUAACUAAACUUUUUCCAAUGUGUAAUAUAUCUUCUUAUACACUUUAUAGGUAUCAAGCUUGCGGGAUCAGGCUGUUUGGCUUGGAAUUAUAUCUUUGUUAUUUGGAUUUUUUGGGUUUGCAGCAUACCCGAUAGCUAUGGAAUUAGCUGUUGAAUGUUCCCAUCCCGUUGGAGAAGGAACUUCCACUGGAUUAUCUUUCAUCUCAGGGUAAGUAGACAUAUAAAAUGAAGCAUAUGUAAAAUAAAAGAUUAACAGGAGCCUUGGGUGCAAUCUGACUCAGUACUUUGACACACAGACACACACACUAGAAAGUAUUCACGAUACACACAAUGUGUAUAGGUUGUAGAUAUGCCACCUCUGCCAUAUUUUUUUCAUAAAGCAUUUUACAUAGAUGCUUUUGUGUUUUUAGUUGCCCUAGACUAAGCCAAAUCUAUCCACCCCUCCAUACAAUUUAUCACAUCCUACAUUGUGGGGAUAUUUAUGGGAUAAUAAUAGUAACAGUUGAGAAUUGCCCACUAAUUCAAUUCUCAGAUCCCAAAUAUCGUUAUCGUGUUAAGUGAGAAGUAUUUCAUAUAAAUAAUAUUCACAAUUUGUUAUAAAAAUAGAUUUUAUUUAUAAUAACAAGUUAAUUAAUAAUAAGAUGUAACAUGCGUGACAAUAAUCAAUGAAUAUUCAGUAUAAAAUGAUAUGCAAUACAAAGGAAUGGCUAUAGACAUUUCAAUGGCUAAACAGCAUUUUCUGUCAAGACUUAGACGAUUUAUGACUAUCUUUCACAGACAUAGAGGGAAGCUUUUCACAGCGAAGGGCCAUAAAACCCUGGCUAACAGUUAGAAUAACCCUUUCAAUGCUGGCUAGACCUCCUAGGUAAUUAAGAUCUAUUCUUAUGUAAUUUUAAAUAAAAUAACAUUUAAACCAGUUCAUUAGUCAUUUCCUGGAACCAUCCAAUAAGAGAAUCUACCAUGUUAUAUAAGCAGAAUUUGUCUAAAAGAUAUCUAUCUUAUAUUAGAGCAAAUCAAUACACCUGGAUAAAAACAGCGGUAUGCUAACACGUGAUAAUAUCACCUUAAUAUAUAAUUAUUCUUAAUUCCACCUGCAGAAUGGAAUGUUUAUAACUAUAUAUUCUUUAGUUAACUAAGAUUUCUUAAUAUGGAAAUCUGACCGUGCUUUAUCCAGUCAUAUAUAAUGCUAUUAAUACAUUUUAAUUAAUUUAAUUAAUUAAAUGAAACCAGUAUAAUUACCAGUUGAGUAGAUAUUUCAUCCGAUUGGUAGAUAGUCUCAGGAACUUAUUUGGAUGUCUGUAGGUGCAUGGAGUUAUGGUGAAAGGUGGUGUUGGUUAGAAAGUCAGUAAAAUUCUAAGUGUUAGAGUUUUAAGAGUAGAGUAUUAGUCUCAGAUGUUGUGAGUUGGAGUCCCCAUACUUCCAAUUCCUCUCUCCUCUUUUUCUUUCUCCUUUGCAUUUCCAAUCUUCCCUUUGUCCUAACUUUUAAAGGGCCAGACUCUCUGUACGUCAUCAGUUGAUAACCCAAUAGAAGCACUAGAGGUGUGGUUAUCUUCCAGAUCACAAUUUAGUUAUUUGAUCUAUAGAGGGCAGUCUUGUCCCACUAAACAUACCUAUCCAGGAAAGAGUUAACUUUUCCUGGUGGCUAUUUUGACGUCAUUUUGCGUUAUCUUUAUAGUGCCAUAAUUUAACAUUUCAAAGGGUUUCUUUAAGUUUUGUCCAGACUAUGUCUGGCAAAUCUGAGUUUUGACCCAUAACUUACAAUGGGACCUUAUACAUAUAGACAGUCUGUCCAACCCCCGUUCUUCUUAUCACUUUUGUUUAUACUAUGCAUUCCUUUAGCUCUGGGAAACUGGUUAGUUUACAGAUAGAAAUCUUGUGUCUUUUUGUUAACUUGGAAAUAACAAAAAUGGAGUCUGCUCUGUUCAGAGUGACUCAGAAUAUACACUUUUAAUUUCUAUCAUAGCACAAGAUGUCUGCCGAUAUAAAUACCCUGACAACAUGGGAAUUCCUUACUUACAUACCGUAUAUACUCGAGGAUAAGUCGACCUGAAUAUAAGUCGAGACCCCUAAUUUUACCCCAAAAAACUGGGAAAACUUAUUGACUCGAGUAUAAGACUAGGGUGGGAAAUGCAGCAGCUACUGGUAAAUUUCUAAAUAAAAUUAGAUCCCCAAAAAAUUAUAUUAAUUGAAUAUUUAUUUACAGUGUGUAUAUAAUGAAUGCAGUGUGUGUGUGUAUGAAUGCAGUGUGUGUGAGUGCAGUGUGUGUAUGAGUGCAGUGUGUGUGUGUGUGUGAAUGCAGUGUGUGUGUAUGUAUGUGAUGCAGAGCCUUGGUGGGGGGUGGGCAUUUUUAUUUUUUUAUAUUAUUAUUUUAAUUAAAAAAAAUAUAUAUUUAUUUUUUUAUGUUAUUUUUUUUUUUUUCGUCCCCCCUCCCUGCUUGAUACAUGGCCAGGGGGUGGGCUCUCAUUCCCUGGUGGUCCAGUGGUGUGCACUGUGCAGGAGGGUGCUGGCAAAGAGCUGUUACUUACCUUUCCUGCAGCUCCUGUCAGCUCCCUUCUCCUCCGGUCCGGUCAGCUCCCCUGUCAGCUCCACUGUAAGUCUCGCGAUGUGACUGCCGCGUGAUGCGUUGCCACGGCUCUGACCCCGCAGCUCUCGCGAGACUUGCAGUGGAGCUGACAGGCGAGCUGACCGGAGGAGAAGGGAGCUGACAGGAGCUGCAGGAAAGGUAAGUUACAGCUCUCUGCCAGCCCCCAACAGGACUGCCGGGCUUGUAAUGAGCCCGGAGGUCCUGGUCUGUAUUAUGGCAAUGUAAGUUGCCAUAAUACAGACACUGACUCGAGCAUAAGACGAGUGGGGGGUUUUCAGCACAAAAAAUGCGCCGAAAAACUCGUCUUAUACUUGAGUAUAUAAGGUAAUCUUAUGCCAACCUACAAACAUGUACACUCGAAAUAACUGACACUCACAUAUACACUCGGGAUACUUUACACACUUCAGCACACUAACAUACACAUAAGAAAAUAAAUAAUGUAAAUAGUCUCCCUUAUCUGAAUUUGUAGUGAAGGGAAGGGAAGGUGAAGGGGUCUGAUCCCUUAGUAAAGUGUAAAGGUUAAUAGCUUACCUGGUUUUAGAGGGUUAAAGGAGCAUUCUAAGUGUUACCAAUUUUUUACUUUGGAAUGUUCCUUUACCAACCAAGAUUAGACCAUUAAAGGGACACUGUAGUCACCAGAACAACUAUAGCUUAUUGAAUUUGUUCUGGUGAGUAGAAUCAUUACCUUCACGCUUUUUGCUCUAAACACUGUCUUUUCAGAGAAAAUGCAGUGUUUACAUUACAGCCUAGUGAUAACAUCACUGGCCACUCCUCAGAUGGCUGUUACAGAUCCUUCCUGGGUCAUGGCUGCCUAAAAUACAUCCAAACAUUCAGUAUCUCCUCCCUCUGCAUGCAGACACUGAACUUUCCUCAUAGAGAUUAAUUGAUUCAAGGAGAGGAGAUGCUGAUUGGUCAGGGCUGUGUUUGAAUCAUGCUGGCUCUGCCUCUGAUCUGCCUCCUUGUCAGUCUCAGCCAAUCCUAUGGGGAAGCAUUGUGAUUGGAUCAGGCCACCACUUCCGAUGCUGUCAGCAGACAGUUUGUUUUUCUGAGGCAAACAGCAUGCAGAUCUACAGCUUCAGGCUUGAAUACAGUAAGAUUUUGCUAUAUUUAUGGAGGCAUGAGGGGCCAAGGGGGGCUAGAUGAUGGUUUUAACACUAUAGGGUCAGGAAUACAUGUUUGUGUUCCUGACCCUAUAGUGAUCCUUUAAUUUGUAGUUGUAACAGUGCAUACAUGUUAUUCCUCCUGACAUUACUUUACGUUCACAAAAAAAUAAUUGUAUAUAGUGCUAUGGGCCAGAUGAAUACUUCAUUCAACUGUGUCCCUGUCAGUAAUAAAACCAUGAUCUGACUGCUUAACUGCUAUUUCACUGCUUUUAAUUUAUUAAAUUAGUCAUCAUUUCUGACUAAAAAAAUCCUACAUGUCGAGUGCUCUUUAUCUACUCUGUAUUAUACCGAGCCAGCAGACAUGAAGCCAAUAACGUAAAGCAAUCAAUUACAAUUAUUUAUAUGCGCCAACAUAGUCCACUGCGCUGUACAAGAGGUAAACAAAACAAACACAGAAUUCUAACAAAACUUGAUCGACGUGCAGUAGGUGAAAAGGGUAAAUAACUGCACAAUUUGUGUUAUAUAUGCAGCAAUGCCACCACAGCCAUGCACUUUUUGUAGUUUUUGUCUUAAGUUUAAGGGUCAAAUUGCAUUCAUUACAUUCCAUAGAACAAGUCUCCUCUGGGGUAGUUUAGCAGUUCACCAAGUGAAAUAGACCUUACAAGCAUUUUUAUAAACUAAACAGUAUGUGAUAUUUCAAUUCUUGCACUCUUUUUAUAGUUGCAAUAACUGUAAUUAUAUAUGUCUCCUCGACCACAAUAAAUAAACUUACUUACUGCCUGACUAUCCACACAAGUGCCAACUUGUACCUAACUGAAAACUACAGAAUUGAAGGGACUAUCUAAACAAAAUCUUUUUAAGUGUAUGAUUUUUUUUUUUUGCUACUUUACUCUAACAAACCACAACAUCACCACUAUCAUCCAAACACAAUUCUAAAAUAAAAAUAUUUGAUAGAAACUUAAAAAAACACAAAAAAAACACACAGCUUCUUGUACAAUAAAAAAAAUUAAAAGACUGUGAUCCUGUGUUUAAGUUAAAAAUAAAAAUGUUUUGGGGAUUUGGGCACUUUUCAUAAGCACUCCCCAAAUCACAAUGAUGGGGAAGGAAAAGGACAGACCCAGACAGCAUUUACUAAUACAGGUUGUGUUUGAUAAUAAGACCCAUGUGUUUUAUCUACAGUUACAGUCAUAACAUAUGCAAAAUGUUGGAUCUUGGAUCAGGCAGAUAAACCACAUCACUGGUCUAUAAACAUUCUAUUGUCUCAUAUAUGCAAAGCUAGUGGUUAAACAAGCAUAGUGCAGCAAUGUGGAGUGACUGAAAUAUGUUUUAUUCCCAAACUAGUCAGAUCCAGAGCUUGAUCUACAUGCUGCUCUUACAAAGCCUCACCAGAACAGUUGCUGCCUCUUCAUUAUCUUCAUGUGGUGAGGGCCAGAUUGAGAUAUCUGACUGGUCAGGUAAGUUAUUAACAUCCACUUCAAAACAUGUAUGUGUUUAUUCUACAGAACGAUUAUACAGGCAUGUUUAAUAGAAGUUUAAAUUUAAUUUAUUUCAUUCUACUUUAGGGUCUAUUCAUUGAAUUGCAAGUGGUACUCAUUUCAGUGCUGGUUAUUUAACUAUUGACGACAAAGGGAAAUUUAAAAUGGACACUCCGCUGCCCAAGCAGAUAGUAAAUCAAACUGACCUAGCCAAGGGUACCUAUAGCUGUUUUAUGAUUGGAGCUAUAAACAUGAAAGCAUAUACGCAUUAACACAUUUCAGAAUAUAACGAACAGGGCCCUGAAAGAGGUGGGCAUAUGUCUCAGGGCAUUUUUUUAUACAAGUACUUGUGAUUCCCCUGGGGAGAUUUUAGUUGCUGUUUCCUAGAUACUUUGAUGCCUUUAUUAUAAGACUUAUUUUUAUGAUAAAGCAAAAAUAUUUAUAAAAAAAACAAAACAAAAAAGAAAAUCCAAUAAAAUAAGGCAAGGUGUAGCAGGAACUGCUUUUUUUUUAUUAUCAAUGUGAACACCGAAAGAUAGACAUUUGUGUAAUAGGAAAUAUUAACAAUCACAACAUCUUUAUGGACGCAUGUCUCUUUUCAGCCUAACCUAUGUAACUAUAACAAGGGCAAACCAGACAUGGUGGUACUGCUUUAUAAUAAUGUUGUUAGAUGUUUUUUUAUUUUGUAUUUUAUGUAUGCAGACUAUAUGAUUUAGGUAUAUAAUUCCUGCAUAAUGAGUUAUGUUGAGUUGGCAAAGGAGUUGAAAAAUUAGGGUACAAAAUUGCUAACACUGAAAAAGAAAAUACCCAUCGAGCCCAUGUUAAACAUAUAUAUUUUCCCCUUUUUUUUUAAACUACGUCAUAAGCUUGGUACAACUAAGAUUUUAAUAUAUAAAACCUUAAAGGAACACUAUAGGGUCAGGAACACAAACAUGUAUUCCUGACCCUAUAGUGUUAACACCACUAUCUAGCCCCCCUGGGCCUCUCAUGCCUCCAUAAAUAUAGUUAAAAUCUUACUGUAUUCAAGCCAGAAGCUGUAACUCUACAUGCGGUUUGCCUAAAAAAAAAGAAAAAAUAGUCUGCUGACAUCAUCAGAAGUGGUAGUCUGAUCCAGUAGUGCUUCCCCAUAAGAUUGGCUGAGCCUUUCCCCGCCCAUGCGGAGCUCAGUCUGUGUGGUGCCCUCCAUGGGUGAAGAUGGAUAAUUUUUUUAGUGUCAGGUUUUUUUCUUUUUGUCGUAUUUUAAUUUUUUUUGCGCUUGGGUUUUUUAUUUUAUUUUCAAAGUCCACCGCUCAUGGGUGGAGGCCGGAGGAGACAAUAGGUCCCCCCACCCCCAUUUUCAUUUAGGGCACCCACCCACCUCUCAGGGGUGGGGGCCGGGAGGGAGGACAUUCGAAUGAAAUUACGAACUGAGCAAAGUCCCGAAAUGCAUCCUAACAAAGAUGAACAAACUGUUCUCAUUCUGUUAGAUCGAAAUUCGGUAGUUUGGCCGGCGUUCUGUCUAAAUGACAGGACAUUCAGAAAUACUGACAGGAAGCAUCGCAAGAUCACGGAUUAAAGGUGAGAAUUGUGGGAAAAUUGCUCUGACCACCAGAAAUGAAGCACACUUUGCUCCUCUGCUGGUCAUAGCUGGUCAGGCUUAGGAAACCUCCAUAAGACAAAGUAGUCCCUACUUUAUCUUAUGUUUUAAAGAAAACUAGAGCAGAUAGGAAGAAAUGAAGAACAGAUCCUGACAGAGGGAGAGAAGAGGAAUCGAUUGGGGAAAGGUAAAUUCGGCAUGACAGUGCCACUUUAAAUAUGUACCCCACAAAAAUCAAGACAAGGUGGAGCUUCCAAGUUCUAUGCAAACAGGGCCUAAUCAUAUUCCAGAAUGACCUUAUUUAGUGAUAAAGAGGCUAUGAGCUUGUUACAAUAUAUUUAUAGAAUAGGAUUCUGAGAAAGUUACCAGUUAAUCUAAAGAAUGCUGUUUUUGUGUAUUUUCCAACAGUUUCCACAUUGGUUAUGGCUGGCUUGGGCAGCUUGGGAUCUUGUGUCUUUGUCAUCUUCUUUCAUACGGACUACAAACGAUUACAAUUAGAAGGAAAGUCUACGGAUAAUGAGGAAAUCCCUGGUGUAACAAGUUCUUAAUGUCUGUUUGUAGAGUCAUGUUUUUAUGCAAUACUGCUUUUUACUAGGCCAGUUACAAAGUGUCAUAUUAUGGAAUGAUGUGUAAUAUAUUUUUUAAAUCAUUUACAUUAGGCAUAUGUGCAAUUAUUAUCUAGACCUUUAUUUCUACCCAGUCCCGGUGCAAGGAUAUUUGGCUACACAGCAAAGAUGCAUUUUGCCAACACCCAACAACACUCUUCACGCCUCCUUGAGUAAUUCCAUACAUGUAUUUUUCCCAUAACAUGUAUAAGGAGUUAGCUUUUAUUACCUUUUUUGCACUAGUGAAGAGGCUGGUAGCAGCAGCUGAUAAUUAGAAGUAACAUGGUCGGAAACCAGUUGCGAAGUAUAAGCUUUCAUUUAAAUGGCUUCGUCAAUAAGCAAAACUGUCUUUUCUUGGAUAUAGAAAAUACACGGAUAAUUCAUCAGCACCAAUUGCACCCUUUCAAAUGCACCUUCUGGAGGUGAGUGGCCUUGCAGGAAGUUACCAGCAGAAAUUCGAGCACUAGAGCAGCAAACAUUAACUAAGGUUAUGAACAAUGCAAUUGAAAGAGCCUGACUUUGCGAUGCAGCAAAAGGAGCUCGUUUAAAAGAUGUCAUCUUCCGUACAGUCAAACAAAUCUCUAUACAUUAAGCAUUCAUUGUAUGCAAUAUCAUUGAACUUGGUUAAUUAAUAAAAUAUUGACUGUUCAACCUUACCCUAAAUUUUCACCCACCCUGUAGAAACAAGAUUGUAAUAAAGCCCUUAUAGACUCCUGGUUUCCUGGGAGCAUUUGUAUCGUUGUACGUCUCAUCCCAAUGCAGGAAUGUUGUUUGAGAAGUACAAAGAUCACGUGAGUAGCUUAAAAUCAUCUUAAAUAAUAUAUAUUUUUAAAAUUGUACACAAUAUUGUACCUUGAGUUAAUUUGCACUUGUGUAAUAAUUAUUAUUAUUAAUAGGCAGCUAAGCCAGCUUUAAAUACAUAUAAAAAAAAUGAUUUACCUUUUUAUGUAUUUAAUUAUUUCAGAUAGAGGCUUAAACUCUAAAGGGACUAAAACAGAGAAGCCCCAAAUUUGAGGUUUCUACACCUAAAUGAUUAUUUCAUAUCUUCCCUAUUUCCUCAUCUACCAGCGGUUGCUCAGCUUAUUAAUACUUUUGUUUGUGUACGUAUCAUUUUCUGUCGUGGCAGGGUCAAGGGUUUCACUUCUUAGUUGGUAGGUGUUCAGUAGUGGCCUGUGUACGAGUCAAUGGAGUUCUCUCUAAACUGGUUAUUAGCUGGAAUGGUACUUGGCAGGGUUUUUUUCUCUCCCUGCAAGUUUUGAUUCUCUCUCUAGAUAGAGGCAGUCCAUGGUGGAGAUUGCAUAUCUGGCUUUCCCGGGCGGUGAAGUAAUGCGCUUUAUGUGGAUGCCCUGUUUGGAGUAUAUGCACAAAACGCACAACUUGGGGAGGUGAUCCCCAGAGAGUUCAGUGAUGGCCCUGGCACCUUUUCUCUUUAUCUAAAGACGUGCUCUUCCACCCUAUCCCACCUGCAUACAGUUUAUAGUGUCUGCCCUCUGACCUUUAAACCCCAGUUGUUUUUUUCUGUUAUUAUAUGCAAAUACAUUUUAAUACCUCAUAUGCAAGAUAUUGUCACCUAAUACAACCUCAUUUGUUUGAUUCUGUACUGACAAACACUUUAAAUGUGAGAUUCUUAAAUGUUUACUUUAUUUCUUUGUUGAUUGUAUUUUUACUUUGUAUGAUAAUUGAAGCUCUGGUGUACAUUCUAGUGCCUUCAGGGUGACUUGUUGAUACAGGAUAUUAUGUCACUUAAUACAACAUCUCCCUUAUUUUGUUUGAUUCUGUGCCAACAAAUACUUUAAAUUAGACAUUCUAAAAUGUUUAUUUCCUUGUCUUUUAAUAUAUUUUUAUUUUCUUCUUUCUCAAUUAAAAAUUUGUAUGUUUUGUUAAAGAAACUUUUUUCCAGAAAUAUUGUCAAGAAAAAAAAAAAGUUUUUGUUGAGCUGUCUUGGACUAUCGUGUUGCUAUAAGAUGAGAGUUAAACAUAUGUCUGAUGCAGUUUUCCCUCACUUCAAAGUCUUACUGUCCUAAAAACAGUAGUAUACAAAGUAUAUACCCUCACUUCAUCACAUGCCAAAUGACUGUCUUAAUAAGAGUAAUAAUGUACAACUGUUAAAUGUGGUGUUUAUUUUAUAAUAAUGCUUGAAUCUAAACGUUAUCAACUUUUAUGGGUUUGUGUGAGAUUCGUGGUUUGAUUUAUCUCCAACUAAAAAUGUUUAUUUUGUUAAAAACACAUAAAACAAAGGUUUACAAUUUUAGCACUCUAAUUUUAUGUGCAUCAAAAAAAAUAAACAGGACACUGCAAUCAAUAAUGUGUGAUUUUCCAAGUUUUUCUAAUAAACUUUACAAUUAAAGGGACACUAUAGUCACCUAAACAACUUUAGCUUAAUGAAGCAGUUUUGGUGUAUAGAACAUGCCCCUGCAACCUCACUGCU